AUUAUAUUAAUUUUUAAAAAAGAUAAAUUAUGGAGAUCGAGAUUGUUUUUGUGUUUGUGUUUUUAUUCGUGUUCGGCGUUGGUGUAAUAUUAUUAACUUAUCACCCUCCCUCUUUCCUUCUUAUUGGAAUCGGUGUAAGCAGGUUUAAAUAAUUCUAUUUGACUUCGUAUUCGUCUCCUUAUUAAUCUUUCAUGUCAUUAUGGUUCAAUAGCCAUUAAGGAGUUUUCGUCCCUCUCCCACGCUUAUUUUUUUCUGUAUUUUUAUUCUAGUGUGCGUGUUGCCCUGCAAAAAUUAGAGAAAGGCGCGGUGCAAAAAUUGGAAACCAACCUCUGCGAAGGAGUUGUUUUUUAAAAAAAAUUAUUGUUUUUCCGCCAGUUUUUCGAUACGCGUUUAAGACGCAGAAAGAACAAAUCCCGCAACACAGCAAUAACAAUAUUUGCUGGGGAGCUAUCACCGGGUUUGUAGUGGGUUGAUCGAGAAGCUAGGAAAAGCAGCAAACUUCAAGUUAUUUCCCUUUAAAGUUUUAAUUCUUGGACUUGGAAAUGCUUGAUAUUAUAAAUCAAAUGCACAAGUAUUUCUAAAGAGCAGAUCAAACUAUUAGCUGAAAGAUUAGCUAGCUGGCUGUAUAGUUAACUAAAAAAUCAGCAGAGCAGUUUCAUUUUGUCUAACCCCUGCUUUAGGUUAAAUUAGCUAGCUGCAUGUUGGAGUACUUUAUUUUAUAAGAAGAACCUGCAAGAUUUAUUAUGAGUUCUAAAAGAGAACAGGCAACAGUAAGGGGGUUCAAUAGAAGAGGUGCAAUUAGAGAGAAAAAUGUAUUUGAAGUCAAAGACCACAAAUUUGUACCAAAGUUUUUCAAGCAGCCAACGUUUUGUGCACAUUGUAAAGAUUUUAUAUGGGGCGUAGUUGGAAACAAUGGAUUUCAGUGUAAAGUGUGCAGUUUUGGUGUGCAUAAGAGAUGUCAUGAAUAUGUUUCCUUUAAAUGUCCAGGAGCAAGCACUGGCCCAGACACCGACGCUCCACAGUCACCUCACAAGUUUAAAAUUCAUACAUACUCUAGUCCAACAUUCUGUGAUCAUUGUGGUACAUUAUUGUAUGGUUUGUUUCAUCAAGGAUUGAAAUGUUCAGCAUGUGAUAUGAAUGUUCAUAAACGAUGUGAGAAAUCGGGUUGUAUUCCAAAGUUGUGUGGAGCUGACCACACAGAAAAGAGGGGUCGUAUUCACAUGAAAAUUAAAUAUUUAGCAAAGGGAAAUGAUUCUGGUGAACUUCAGGUAGAAAUUAGAGAAGCGAAAAACCUGAUCCCGAUGGACCCAACUGGUCAAUCAGAUCCAUAUGUUAAAAUCAAAUUACACCCCAAAAAAGAAAAGACCAAAGUGAUGAAGAAAAAUUUAAAUCCAGUUUGGAAUAACAGCUUCAGUUUCCGUAUCAACAAACAAGAUUUUGAUAAGCGACUGCGUGUACAGGUAUGGGACUGGGACAUGGCAACUAAAAACGAUUUCAUGGGAUCCAUGUCAUUCGGUGUUUCAGAGUUAGUCAAAGAUCAGAUUGAGGGUUGGUUUAAGUUACUAAACAAAGAGGAGGGAGAGUUCUACAAUGUUCCAAUUCAAGAUGAUGCAGCAGUUGCAGCACUAGCCAAGAAGUUUCAGUUUAUGAGUCCAAAUGAGAUUGAGCAUCUACAUCAGCCUGUACAGCCGCAAAAAGAUAUAAUAUCGCCAGAAGUUAUGGAUAUGUUACCAGAGAGGUUGAAGUUGGAGGACUUCACUUUUUUGAAGGUGAUUGGGAAAGGAAGUUUUGGCAAAGUGAUGUUGGCUGAAAAGAAAGGUUCUGAGAAAGUAUACGCAAUUAAAAUCUUGAAGAAAGAUGUUGUGCUACAGAAUGAUGAUUUGGACUGCGUGUUGACAGAAAAACGCGUUUUAGCUUUGCAAGGAAAACCACCAUUUUUAACGGCGCUACAUUCAUGUUUCACAACACAGGAUCGGUUAUAUUUUGUGAUGGAGUUUGUGAAUGGUGGAGAUCUUAUGUUUCAUAUCCAACAAGCUGGAAAAUUUAAAGAGCCUCAAGCUGUUUUUUAUGCUGCAGAAAUCGUAGAAGGAUUGUUCUUCUUACACAAAAGAGGAAUCAUUUACAGAGAUUUGAAACUGGAUAAUGUCAUGCUGGAUCAAAACGGGCAUAUCAAGAUUGCAGAUUUUGGUAUGUGCAAGGAAAAUAUUUUCCCGCCCAAAACAACUAGAACAUUCUGUGGCACACCAGAUUACAUUGCGCCAGAGAUAAUCGCUUACCAGCCGUAUGGUUCGUCAGUUGAUUGGUGGGCCCUGGGUGUGCUUAUUUAUGAAAUGUUAGCUGGUCAGCCUCCAUUUGAUGGCGAGGAUGAAGACGAACUUUUUAAUUCAGUUUUGGAACAAACGGUCUCGUUCCCAAGGUCCCUAUCUAAAGAAGCGAUUUCUAUUAUUAAAGGGUUUUUAACGAAGAAUCCGAGUCGUCGAUUAGGCUCUGGUGAAACUGGAGAACAAGAUAUCCGCGAUCAUGUAUUUUUCAAAUACAUUGACUGGAUCAAGUUAUUCCGAAUGGAAAUUCAACCACCAUUUAAACCUAAAGUUAAAUCCAAAAGGUCACACGACAAUUUCGAUCCAGAGUUUACAGAAGAAGCUACGCGACUAACUCCAAUUGAUCGUAACUUCAUCCAGCACAUUGAUCAAAGAGUGUUUGAAGGAUUUUCUUAUGUCAACGCAGUAUUUUCCUGUUAAAUUCUCAUUAGAACGAUUUUUCUUGUACGUCACAGACUAGCAACUAACGAUAUUCAUGUUGUCCAAUGUCGGUGUAUUAAACGCACCGUCGGAUAAUAUUCCAUUUACAUUCAAUGUAUAUUCAGAUGCAGGUAUAAACGAUGGACACAAGAUGCUGUGUAAAUCGUGUGGGCCAUUUAUGGAUGGAAAAGCCAUGUCAUUUAGUACGUUUUACAAAAGCAUCCAAAUAAACUUUGCGUAAAAGGUGGUUUUUUGAAUUUUUUUAAAUAGAUAGUUGUGAAAAUUAAGUAGUUAUGUAUUUAGCAGACAAAAUCAACACCCGAUAUUUCGGCUGCCGUUCAUCUAGAAUAUUCUAUCUCUCUGCGAAAUAUCUGGUGUUGAAGAUGUUAUUGUGUUUGGUGUAUUUUUUGUGGGAUACGAUGACUUUUAUUUUAUAAUUUAUUUCAACCACUGCACAUUUUUUUAUUCUAAAGACAACCAUUCUCCGUUGUACUAUAUUUCAUAUUUCUCUUCUCCGCCGUGCUUCCUUUUUGACAGCCCGUAAUGAACAGUGGAUCUCUAAAAACUAACAUAUUCAUUUCUUCCUCAAACCUCAAAAGGAAACGAAGGAGAACAGCAGAUUACUACUAAUUAAGGGUUAACAAUUUUGUUAUUUUUAUAGUCUUAUUUUAUAUUUCAUUUAUUUAUUCUUUCGUAUUUACUCUCCGUAAUACAUACUUUAUGAUUUAUACGCAAUAACCUGCUGCGUAUCAGUGUUCAUCUUACAGCUAUAUAGUCUACAGUCUGAUGAGUGUUAGUACAAAAGCUAACCUAGUGCACAUGUUGCAAUGCAUGACGUGACAAAAGUUUUUAUUUUGACGGAAUACAAGGGGGUAAAAGCCUUCAACGUAGCAAUGUUUGUUCAGAUUGAAAAUAAGGUGUAACUUUAAUUUGCUAAUAUUAAAUUGUAAAUGAACAUAUAAUAAUUUUCAAAAGAUAUCCUCACAUCA